CAGUUAAUAGAACGUGUUUGCCGCUAUCUAAUAUUGGCUACAUAGCCAGCUAAAGCCGUGAGGACACUUCAGGCUCCGGUCCGAGAUCUUUCCUGUUUAUUCUAUUCUGGGUGUUCCAGUGGCGUUCCCAUUCACUGAAAAUCUGGGACACAGUUUGCUAGCAGCCGCGAAGCGUGGCCCUACAGUAGAAUAGCCUGUGUAAUCUGACACUUCAACUUGCUGUGUGCCCUGCUCUGUUAGUUGAUUCAGUCACUCAUCCUAUGACGUUAAGCUCUUUUUAAAUGUUUGCGGCUGGAAGAGGGAAGAUAUUAAAAGCGCAAUCUACAACGUUAACGGUGUUUUCUUUCUUUGAAAAACACUUCGACUCGAUCAAAAAGUAACUCGUUCUUCCAGAGGACACGGGGGGGACCGCUUCCCCCAGCAGGACAUGUGAAGGGGAGAGAGGGGGGAGGGGGUGCUGGCUGUCUGGACCCCGGGCCUUCAGCACGUGCAGAUUCCACUCCUUUAAUGGCUUUCCGGUAGAAAAGGAGGAGAGACCGUCAACAUGAGCUCUCUGCAGUCAAUGGACCGGCACAUUCAGCAGACCAACGACCGGCUGCUGUGCAUCCGACAGCACUUGCAGAAUCCGGCGAAUUUCCAGACGGCGGCGACGGAGCUGCUGGACUGGUGCGGCGACCCGCGGGCCUUCCAGCGGCCCUUCGAGCAGAGCCUGAUGGGCUGCCUGACGGUGGUCAGCCGGGUUGCUGCCCAGCAGGGUUUCGACCUGGACCUGGGGUACCGGCUCCUGGCCGUCUGUGCUGCCAACCGGGACAAGUUCACGCCCAAAUCCGCAGAAACCAGCAGCUGCAGGAGGUGUCAGAAUGACGCAGCGCUCCUGUCGUCAUGGUGCGAGGAGCUGGGCCGCCUCCUCCUCCUGCGGCACCAGAAGAGCCGGGCCGGCGAAGCCGCGGUGAAGAACCACCCGACACAGCCCACCGGGUCAGUACCGCACGGUGAUGGGUCCUUUCCUUACGACUCCGUUCCCUGGCAACAAAACACCAAUCAGCCGCCAGGGUCCUUGUCUGUGGUGACUACAGUGUGGGGCGUGGCCAACACAUCGCAGAGUCAGGCGCUUGGCAACCCAAUGGCCAACAGCAAUCCCAUGACCCCCGGGGGCACCCCCCUGGGGCCCGGCAUGUCCGCCAGCAGCCCCGGGAUGGGGUCCCCUCCCUUCCCCCCCAAAGGCUCCGGGCAGGCCUACCUGCAGCAGGGCGUGUACGGGCGCCAUGGUUACCCAGGAGGGGGCUUCAGUGGAAGUUACCCCGGAGGCCCGAACGGCCCGGCUGGCAUGGGCAUGCCGCCCCAAACCCAGCCCGCCGCCGCCGCCGCCGCUGCUGCUGUUGCUGCCGCCGCUGCCACGGCCACCGCCACGGCCACGGCCACCGUCGCCGCCCUGCAGGAGACGCACAGCAAGGACAUGACCCAGUACGGCCAGAUGUGUUCGCCCUUCCAGCUGGGCCCCUCCCAGCCCUACAGCGGCCAGUUCAUGAACCAGCCGGGCCCCCGGGGGCCGCCCUCCGUCCAGGGGAGCAUGAGCCCCGCGGGCAUGAGCGGGCCCCCCCUGGGGAUGGGCCAGCCCAGGGCCCAGGGCAUGGGGCCCCUGGGGCCCCACACUCAGAGGAUGCCCCAGCACCAGCAGGGUUAUAUGGGCCCCAGGCCCCAGUCCCUCCCCAUGCAGGGGAUGAAGAGGCCGUACCCAGGGGAGGGUGGUUAUGGUGGGCAGCAGUAUGGACCGAACAGCCCGUUCCCCUCCCAGCAGGGGCAGUACCCCACCCCCAGCCCCACCCGGCCCCCACCCUCGCCCGGGUACCCAGGGCAGAGGCCCACAGGCCCCCCCGGGGCAGGGCAGUACCCCCCUGCUGGGCUGGGGCAGUACUGCAAGGAGCCAUUCAAUGGCCAGGCCAGCUGUUUCUCAGGCAGCGGGUACCCCUACAACCCGGGCGGUGCGAAUGGGCCCUCUCGGUCUGUCGGUAAUUACCCACACUCCCCGGUACCUGGGAAUCCCACGCCCCCGGUGACCCCAGGAAGCAGUAUCCCAUACCUGUCCCCCAGCCCGGACGUGAAGCCGCCGUUUCCGUUGGAGAUGAAGCCGAAUGUCUCACCCGCCAAUGGGAGCGAGGAGCUGCGGCUGACCUUCCCGGUGCGGGACGGGGUGGUGCUGGAGCCCUUUCGGCUGGAGCACAACCUGGCCGUCAGCAACCACGUCUUCCAGCUGCGCCCGUCCGUGCACCAGACGCUCGCCUGGAGGUCUGACCUGGAGCUGCAGUUUAAGUGCUAUCACCAUGAGGACCGGCAGAUGAACACAAACUGGCCGGCGUCGGUGCAGGUCAGCGUCAACGCCACGCCCCUCACCAUCGAGCGCGGCGACAACAAGACUUCCCACAAGCCCCUUCACCUGAAGCACGUGUGCCAGCCGGGGAGGAACACCAUCCAGAUCACCGUCACCGCCUGCUGCUGCUCUCACCUGUUCGUGCUGCAGCUGGUCCAUCGGCCGUCUGUCCGGUCUGUUCUGCAGGGUCUGCUGAAGAAGAGGCUCCUCCCGGCUGAGCACUGCAUCACCAAGAUCAAGCGGAACUUCAGCAGCUCUGUCUCCUCCUCGGGGGGCGCCGCGCUGAACGGGGAAGACGGGGUGGAGCAGACCGCCAUCCGGGUGUCCCUAAAAUGCCCCGUCACCUUCCGCAGGAUAAAGCUCCCGUCCCGCGGUCACGACUGCAAGCAUGUGCAGUGUUUCGACCUGGAAACGUACCUGCAGCUGAACUGCGAGCGGGGAACGUGGCGGUGUCCCGUGUGCCAUAAAACUGCACUGCUCGAGGGCCUGGAGGUGGACCAGUACAUGUGGGGCAUCCUGAACGCGCUCCAGAACUCAGAUUUCGAGGAGGUGACCAUCGACCCGACGUGCAGCUGGAGGCCCGUCCCCAUGAAAUCCGAGCCGCACAUCAAGGAGGACCCGGACGGCCCAUCAGCCAAGCGCUUCCGGACCAUGAGCCCCAGCCAGAUGGUCCUGCCCAACGUGACGGAGGUGAUCGCCCAGCUGGGGCCUGGCCCCUCCCCCUACCCAUCAGCCCAUCCUGCACGCGGCGGGAACAACAGCGAAUACAACAGCCAAGGCAACGGUUACCAAGGGCAGGGAGGGCUGGAGUUCCCCCGUGGGGGGGCGAGCAGGGCGCCCAUGAGUGACUUCAUCCCGGGACCCCACCCGCCAGACGGGCCCGCCAGCCUCGCCGUCCCGGACAAACCGACCAAUCGCUGCGCGCCCGAGCCGAUGGCUCAUCCAGGCUCUGAUCAGUCCCACAGCUCAAUGCCGCAGGGUCUGCGUGCACCUCCUCGCCCCAGCAGCCAAUCAGGGCAGCCGUUUCAUCACGGCGGCCCUCCUGUCCCAGCCUCCCGCCAGCACCCCCCCACACAGCCCGCUGUGAACAGCCACCCGCACGCCCAGAUGACCUUUAACCCGCCCUCCACCGUGGAGACUCGCCCGGGGGGGCAGGGAGCACCAGAGAUUCCCGAGCCUUCCUUGGACCUCAUCCCAGAGCUUGCAAAUCCAGAUGAGCUGCUGUCGUACCUGGACCCCCCCGACCUCCCCAGCAGCAGCAACGAUGACCUCCUCUCCCUCUUUGAAAACAACUGACUCCCUCCUCUUCUCAUAACCUCCUGUUUGUGCUCAGCUGGCUUGGGUUAGCCUGGGUUAGCCUGGGACAGACUGGGUCAGCCUGGAACAGACUGGAUCAGCCUUGGACAGAUUGGGUGAGCCUGGGACAGACUUGAUCAGCGUGGGACACCCUGGGACAGACUAGGUUAGCCUGGGACAGACUGGAUCAGCCUGGGUUAGCCUGGUAGCCUGGGACAGACUGGGUGAGCCUGAGACAGACUGGGUCAGACUGGUUAUCCUGGGUCAGACCGAGUCAGCCUGGGUCAGACUGGUUAUCCUGGGUCAGAUUGGGUCAGACUGGGUCACUCUGGGUUAGCCUGGGUCAGAUGGGGUUAUCCUGGGUCAGACUGGGUUAGCCUGGGUCAGACCCGGUCAGACUGGGUUAGCCUGGGUCAGACCGGGUCAACCUGGGUCAGACCGGGUCAACCUGGGUCAGACUGGGUUAGCCUGGGUCAGACCAGGUCAAACUGCAUCAGACCUGGGUCAGACUGGGUUAGCCUGGAUCAGACUGGGUUAGCCUGGGUCAGACCGGGUCACUCUGGGUCAGGCAGGACACCAGCCGUGCACUAAAGACUGGCUGCAGAGGACAUGCACUCCACUGACCUUCUUCCUCUUAAUGAAUCUCCUCUCCAGCUCUCCGCUGUCUCUGAUUCAGACUCUGCGCUCUCAGCUCUGUCUGCAUGUGCUGAGGGGCCAAACAUCUUAAACUGAAAUGAAGAUUUUGGUUUUAAAACAUCUGGAACAUUUUAAACAGUGCAGCUAUCGAUUUCUUUAUAUCUCGGACUGGACUCUGCGAACACUACAAAUGUAUUGUAGCAUUUUUAAGAAUUUGUUAUUUUUCUUUUUCUGAGGAAAAAAAAGAGAAGAAAAGAAGUCGUUGGUAUUCUGGCCAGUGUCCUUCCUUAGUCCCUUUCCUCCCGUUCUUCCGACCGGUGAAAGCCCGGCUCCCCGGGACUGAGAUGAAAACACUGAGUCUGUCCGUUCAGCACUGAUGAGGAGCACCAAGGCCCUGGCGUGCUAACGCGUGGAAAAGCAGACUUCUCAAAAUGGCCACUUUUUAUUACGUACUGUGAAAAAAGUAUUUCAGAAAUGCCCGAAAACCAGUUUCAUCUCACAGAGUCUGGAAAAUAUUCUUUGGCGACAGUAAGAUUUUUCUUUAUGCCCCUUAAAAAAAAUGAAAUUCAGAAUUAUAUUUUCCCUGCACGGUCUCUCCUCCUUACAGACAGUAAGUCCUGUAAGUGUGUGUGCCAAAUUAGCUCCGUGUAAUGCUAUUAUAAACAGAAAAAUUUAAUGCUUUUUAAAAAAAAAUUCUUUUUUAAACAAUGUACUGCUUUUAUUUAAAAAAAAUUUUAAAUAAACAUUUUGGUUAGUGGAACAGCUUUCUGAUAUGCAAAAAUGUCUUGUUCGAUCUGAUAUUACUAAUUUGUAAUUUUAUUUCAUUUUUAUUUAUAUGUUUGGGCACUUUUUUCCUGGACUGCAAAAAUUAGGUUAAUUUAUAAUUCUCUUCCACUGAUUGAAGGUGCUGGAUGCAGCCUGGCCUUCGGACGGCUUGUGUGUUCUUACAGGGUUGAGUCCGUUACUGCUCGGCUCAGAGUGGAACUGAAAAACUGGCAUCAUGUUUUGAGGCUUUUUCAGUUCACAGAUGAAGUGAAUUUCCUCAGUUGAUUGAACUGAAAUGGAACUGCUGGCCGUCCUGCAUUGUGGUACCAGGACUGGAGUACAGCGUGCACAUGUGAACUGAGAGAUAAUAUCUCACGACACCAAAUUAGGAGAAAAGAGCAUAACUUCACUGAGCUACAUUAAUUCAGCAAAAGCUAUAUGGCACAGCAAGCUCCCUAACUUGGGAUAAUACAGUAAGAAUUAGUUGUAUUUCUUUUACUAAUCCUUGUUAAAAUAGUGCAAUGUGUAAAUACACACCUACACACACACACAAACACAUAUAUAAAUUCUUGUCCUCUCUCUCUCUCUCUCUCUCUCUCUCUCUGUAUAUAUAUAUAUAUAUAUAUAUAUAUAUAGAAAGAAAUUUGAUACAAAAACAAUGUUAGAAGGUGAGUAGGAUGUGUAAUGUUUUGGUUAUUCAUUACUAACUGCGCUUUGCAGAAAAUCAGUUUCAUUGUCACAUUUCAUUAGUCCUGGAAGUUUGACAGAUGUGAGAGAUGUGACAGAUGUGAGAGAUGUGACAUCACCACAUGCUUGCGAUGAGGGCUGGAUCUGGCCGGGGGGCUGGAGUCCAGCGGCUGGCUUUUGAGGCGGACGGAAACACAAAGGCAGGUCCAGUCCUUGCACUGCAGGGGAACAGGGUGUUAAAGCCUGGGGGGUAGGGUGGGCACGCAGUUCACAUUUAAACUGUCAAAAACCCACCCCUGCUAUAUAAGCAUCAAUAUAUGGUUGUUUAUAUGUAGAUAUUUUUUUCAACAUAUAUCUGGAAUUACUGUUAUUGUUAUGUCUAGUAGCAUACUACAAUUAUGUUUUUAUCUUUUUUGCCAUAAUUUUUUUAUUUUGUUUGAGCAGAAAAAUGCAACUUUAUGUUAUUUUAUUAAAUAUUGCUGUGAAUAUUUUAAUUUGGACUGAUUAAUCAGUGUCAUCAUUUGUGCAAAACUUUGUGGAUAACUUGUGCGUUUGUUUUUUCCAGUCAAUCUUCCUCAAGCCAGCUUUAACACAAGGCUGAGUCUUUCUCGUUUGUGCCCCACAGUCCCAUUACAGAAUGAAAUGUAUUCGCUUAGUAAAAAAUCUUUUCCCCUCCUAAACAUCAUGCUACUGUGGGUGAAUAUUCUCUGAUUGUGUGGACGAAGUGGUUGUCCUUUUGCGUAGUGAUUGAGGUGUGGGCAAAUCAUAUAAUUUCCCUGUAUAAUUUAUAUUUUCCCAAUUUUCAAAAUGAAAUAAAUUUAGCUGCUUGCUAGCCUUCUCUUGAAGUAAAAUGGCACCACAUGGAUGGGCAGUUGAUAUAGUGGCUUUUUAUCCUGGAGAGUCAUGACGAUGGUUUUUGUUUAAUGUCUUAUGUGAUGGCCUUAUUUUGAAUACUGUGCUACUCUUUAUUAUUGUCUAUUGUAAUUGAAAAAUAAUUUCAUGAAUUAUAAAAAAAACAUAUAAAAUGUAUACUUGUAAAUACAUUUUGAAGGUUUUCCCAGUAUUAAAAUUCUUUUUCAAAUGUUUAGUUAAUUUUUAUUAUUAUUAUUCAUAUGCUGGCAAUCACCUUAUUUCUUUUAUAAAUUUUCUUUUACAGAAAUGUAUAUGGAAAUUAACACUUUAAAAAAAAACUAUGUUUCGUCCAGUUCACGAGAGAAUGAAUAUUGAAAAAUAUACGAGCUGAAAACAACUUGUGAAUAUGAUGGUAUUUAAUAAAACGCACUGCCACACUAUUUCUGUUAUUUUCUGUAUAAAGGCGCACAUUUUAUACGUGGUAUUAUUUCAGUACGCUUGCGGUGAGGUCCAAGUUACUGUCAGCCAGUGGACCGGCUGUGUCCUGGACUUAGCCGGACACUGAAAAUGAGUCUUGUGAGGAAAUUGAUAAUCACAGAAACAUUCAAGCUUCCCCACUGAACUGUAGGACCCAAAUAGGCUGCAGUGUGGGGUGACUCACGGGAUGCCUGUACAUAAUGUAAAUGAAAGAACUUGUAUUGAUUUCCCGAUGGGAAGGUGCAUUUAUUAUUUACCAUUUUAAAGGUUUGCCACGCCUGUCCCCUCCAUCAAAAGCCAUUUAAUGUGUGAUAUUAACAUUGUUUACUUUCAGCAGUGGCAUAUCUGAGCAUUUGUGCUCUUCAUGUAAAUAAAUCUUGCAAAUGUGUUUUAGUCUUACCUGUGUAUUUUUAAGGUGCUACAUAAAAUUUAAAAAAUGGAUUCAUGCCAGAACAUUCUAGGGAAUGCCUGUGAGAUGGGGUAAUGACAUAGGACCAGAUAUGGUCCCAAAAGUACCAGAUUCAUAGUUUGUACUUCCUUUUUGAUAUGAAAAGAAAAAAAAGACACAAUCUUCCAGUGAUUCACGCAGAAGUAGCCGCUGCUUGCUGUUUGUAUUGUAUGUACAUGUUCAUCUCAUAUUCUUAACUGGUCAGAAAAAAAGGAAUUGUGAUUAUUAGUAAAACCUGUAAAACUAUAUGUAGUUACAUGAUGUGACAGCCUAAUAUUUAUCUAAUAAAUAUAUGUUCUGAUUAAACCUAUA